AUGUCCUUUGAGGAGCAUACGGUCAUGAAGAGCUUGGAGAGAAAUACAAACUGCAGGCAGAAAGAGACGAGAUGCGAGACAGGACACAACCUGCAGUGGGAAAGAGGAGGAACCGCCAUUGACUCGCCAUUCCCCUUAUCGUACCACCAUCUCGCCGCCGCUCAUCAUACGCACAACCUACCACUUGAGUCCAAGACGCUAUACCGUUCUCAGAUCAAGCGAAUAUCAACUAGCCAUUGUCGAGCAGACAGAGAGGAUUCCACAAAUCAGACCAGUCCAGCUCACUUGGGUUUUCGAAAGCUCGUUAUCGAGUCCCUUUCCUCACAGAAAUCCAGAAUGCUUGUCAUCCCUGGGACCAGCGAAGUGUCCAAGUGGGUGUGCUCUCCUAUGGCCUGCGAUCGAGUCUCGGACUAG